AGCUGUCGGAAGAGGAAGUGCUGCUCUCUUCCCCACAUGGCGUUAACUCUUCAUGUCCUGGAACAGCAGCAGCAGCAGCAGCAGCAGCAGUAGCGCUCUAUGUCGGAUUCUCUGCCUGCUCAUGACACCCUCAUCAAUACCUGGUGCAAAGUCAUGAUCAUCUAAACAACACUUCACCUUUGGGAAUAGAGAAAACUUCUAGACCACCAGAUACAGGAAAGAUGCCAGUGCCUUUGAGGAGCCUUCAGCAGUUGGCCAUAUAUUUGGGUGUAGUGUCAGGAGGAGGAUGUGCCAUGAUGUAUUAUUUGAUUCAGAAGUCAUUUGCCCAGAAAGAAUAUUACUUGGGUGCACUGGAAAAACUUGAAUCUCAGUCUAAUGUUCUAGAGAUGUUAGGAGCACCACCACUUAAGGUCCACAAUCUCCGACUGACAGACAAAUACAACCACAUUGACAAGACAACAGCCCAGAUCAAGAUACCAGUGUCAGGAACCACAAUGGGCGGGUAUCUCUAUAGCUCAGCUGUCAAAGACCAAUUCAACCGAAGGUGGAAUCUCCAAGAUGUCAUUUUAAAACUGAAUAACGGUGAAAGUGUCUCGAUUUACCACUCCGAUAGUGAGGGGGAUGACAAGUAGUCAUGUCUCUUAAUUGUGCA